AUUUACAUAUGAUAUCCAUGUUUUUAAAGUCCGAACUACAACUCCGAGCUUCGAGUGUCAAAAAUUUGUUGAAAACAAUUGCUUAUUCCUAGAGAGAGAGAGAGAGUAGAACUAAAGAGAGCUCCGAAUCGCCAAACAGAGCGCUCAAAUAUCUUUUUUUGUUGGUCUAAAUCUUGACCAGGCUUGAUGGGUAAUAAAUAAAGGAUUUUGGGUUGAGGUGUUAUUUUGAGUUUGAUCAAUUAUGGGUAUGGAAGACACAGUCGCUGAGGUAGCAGCAUAUGGGACUUCCUCGCUAGAGAAAAUAGGCGAACUUGUGACUCAGAAGAAAGUGGAGGAAAAGGAUGAAGUAAAAGAGAACGAAGAAGAUGGCAGAGAUGGUGAUAAAGUGGAGAACCAUAAAAUGGAUGUAGACCAAGAGGGCAAGGAAACCAAUCAAGAAGAGAAAGAAGAAACCAAAAGCGAGACGAUGGAAGAGGAAAUCAUGAUGAAAGGAAACGGGGAGAGCAAGAAGAAAGUGGAUGUAUCAGGGGAGGAAGAAGAAAUGGAUGUAGAUCAAGAGGGCAAGGUAAGCAAGGAAACCAAAGAAAAAGAGGGAAAAGAAGAAAAGUAUAGUAAAGAAGAAGUAGAAGAAGAGGAAGAAAAGGGAGAAACCAAUGAUGAUACCAAGGAGGAGGUGGGCGGGAAGGAAGAGAAGGCAGAGGAGAGUAGACAGAAGAAGGGUUCAAAGAGGCACAGAAAAGGGAAAAAUGCUGGGGUAAAAGUCAAUAAUAAGAAAAAAGUAGUGAAGGAGAAGAAAAAGGAUCCAAAAACUCCUGUGAUUUAUGCAAUUGAACGCCCUGUACGCGAGCGUAAAUCUGUGGAAAGGCUGGUGGAAUCCAUUGAAAAAGAAGCUGUCAAGGAUUUUAAUAUUGAAAAGGGCCGUGGUACGGCAUUGAAAGAUAUACCCAAUGUGGCAUAUAAGUUAUCAAAGAAAAAGACUGAUGACACUCUUAAGUUGCUCCAUACAAUUCUAUUUGGAAGGAGAGCAAAGGCAUUGCAGGUCAAGAGUAAUAUCUCCCAAUUUUCUGGCUUUGUGUGGAAUCAAAAUGAGGAAAAGCAAAAGACAAAGGUGAAGGAAAAAUUUGACAAGUGUAUUAAAGAGAAAUUGUUGGAAUUCUGUGAUGUGCUUGACAUUCCGACUGCCAAAGCUAAUAUAAGGAAGGAAGAUAUUGUUAUGAAGCUGAUAGACUUUUUAGUGGCUCCUCAUGCUACAACUAACGAGUUACUUGCUGACAAAGAGCAGACGAGGGUGGGCAAAAAGCGUAGGAGAGUGGUCAAAGAAAGUGCAUCAUUGUCUGGAAAUACACCGUCACAAAGCUCAGCUAAGAGAAGAAGAAAGAUUGAAAGUACAUCUACAAGGGAGGUGAAAAGGAGUACACCUGAAGUGGCAAGUGAAUCAGAAGAAGAAGACGAUGAAGAAGAGAAGAAUGUGAAUAUUGUUCCUGAAAGAACCAAGGAUGAGAUGCCUGAGCAUUCUGAUAGUGAGGCGAAAGAAAAUAACUCUGAAGAUGAGUCUCAAGAUGACGGUAGAAAACAGAAACGAGGUUUGAAAAAAUCGUCUGCAAAUAGGAGAUCUGCUGGAAAAGCUAAAAAUGUGAAAAUUAAGACUCCUAAAAAAGCUAGUCUGCUGCCCAAAGGAACACCUACAAAUUCAUCUUCAAGUCGCUCUAAGGUUGAUCAUAGCACUGAUACAAGUUCAAAGUUGUUAUCAAGGAAAAAGAAAAAUGAGGAAGUAGUCAAGGAGAAGUCCUCGACUCCAAAGCGAUCUGCUUCGAAAAAUAAAAAUGGAAAAAAGAUUGCGAAGGGGAAGGACAAGCCUAAAGAGGAUAAACGAAGGCCAAGUGAUGAUGAACUCAGAAAUGCAGUAUGCCAAAUUCUUAAAGAAGUUGACUUCAACACGGCAACCUUCACUGACAUUCUGAAGCAUCUUGCUGGGAGGUUUAAUACAGAUCUGACACCCAGAAAAUCUUCAAUAAAGCUCAUGAUCCAGGAUGAACUUACCAAACUAGCUGAAGAGGGAGAUGAUGAAGAGGAGGAAGGCGAUGUUGAGAAAGAUGAAGAAACCCGACAUUCCAACCGAUGUGUGGAGGUCUGACUGCCAGGAUGGAUCACGACUACACAAAAAAUGGUAUAGCUUAUCAUUAUCUUCACAAUCCGUUUUCCGAAUUUGAAUUGCUGCUAUGUUCCUUGUAGCGUUUUCGUCCGUGUCUAAAUUGUUGGCAGCUGUAAAUUAUUGUUAGUGUUUUAUUUGCUGGCUGACGAACUCCUGUUUGCUUGAAAUCAAUAGAGUUACACUUCUUGAGCUGGGCUGCAAUGUUGCAGCAUAUUUUGUACACAAACUUGUAUGAAUUUCUUUUCUUUAAUAUAGCAGGCCCUUUGUUGACUAAAAGAGAUGGAUAUUCCAGUCUAGUUUCAAUAUUUUUCGGAUGGAGCGUUGGAGAUCAAGAUUUGAAAUUUUGAAUAAAAGUGCAGAGUCUGGUACUGUGCCAUUAUACAUAUGCUAAAUAUAUGUAUUUAUAUGUGUGACAUCAUUUCAUUUAUUUAGAAUUAACUAAUAAAUUUAAGUGGCCUUUCCAGCAUUGUAAGGCUGAUAAAUACAUGUAAGGAAUUUGAAUGAUUCUCCGAGACAGAGAGAGAGAAACUGGGUAUAAAUGAUAUUUAUUAUUAUUAUUUUUUUUUCCUUAUUGGGAUAUUAUUAAGAGUCCAUUAUUAUUAUUUCAAGGAAAUGAAACAAUUCUCAUUUUAUGAAACACUAUGACAAGUUCACAACUGAAAACUAUCCAAAAUAGUCUUCUAACCUAUUUGGGAAUUUAUUAUGUUAUUCAUCAACUUUUCCUUUCGUAUAAAGGUUAGGGUACAAGCAACAAAGACACCGGUCCUCUUGUGGCCUCUUGGCUUAGGAGUUGGUUUGUGUGGCCAAACCAACCUCUAGGUCUCGAGUUCGAGGAUUGGUAUGAAGAGAAGAAGCAAAGAAGAAGAAAGAGGUAUUUCAAAAUACCUCCAUUUU